AGUCUAAAUCAAGCCUCAGUUUGUCUCACAGUAGCAAAACAGACAUGGAGGUGGCUGGAUUUGGGACGCUGCUUCUGAUCUUCAGCAUAACAUUCUUGGUGACUCUCUGGAUGAGAAAAGGACAAAAAUCUGGAACCCCCCCUGGUCCACGACCACUACCUCUUCUGGGAAACAUCCUACAGAUUGAUUUCAAGAACAUAGUGAAUGAGUUUGUUCAGCUCGGCUCUCAGUAUGGCCCUGUUUCCAUGGUGUACUUGGCCCAGAAGCCGGUGGUCGUAUUAAAUGGGUAUGAUGUGGUGAAAGAGGCUUUUGUAGAACAUGGAGAUGUUUUCAGUGAUCGUGGGAACAUAGCCAUUACAGAUAUUGCUUUCAAGGGAUAUGGAGUUGUAUUCAGUAAUGGAGAUCGGUGGAAGCAGAUGAGGCGGUUCUCACUCAGUACCUUGAGGCAAUUUGGAAUGGGAAAAAGAAGUUUGGAGUCCCGGGUACAGGAGGAGGCCAAGUGUCUAGCAGAGGAAUUCAAGAAGAAAGGUGGGGAACCAUUUGAUCCCACCGUCCUCCUAAGUCUGGCAGUCUCCAAUGUUAUCAGUUCUAUUGUCUUUGAUCAACGUUUUGACUAUGAAGAUAAUGAAUUUCUGUCUAUGUUGAAACUCUUACAAGAGGCUUUCAGAAUUGCAUCCUCAACUUGGGCUCAGAUCUUUAGCUUGGCACCAAAACUCCUAAUGCAUUUCCCGGGUUCUCACCACAAAGUGCUCAAGAAUUUUGACAAGCUGAAAGAGUAUGUGAUAGGAAAGGUGAAAUUACAUGAAAGGACAUUAGAUAAAAACUGUCCCAGAGAUUUCAUUGACUGCUUUCUCAUAAAGAUGGGACAGGAGAAAGACAAUGCUGCUACGGAAUUUAAUCAUGAAAAUCUGUUCGUUACCAUAAUUAACUUAUAUUUUGCUGGGACAGAAUCCACCAGUACCACACUGAGAUAUGCAUUACUCAUCCUGCUAAAAUAUCCUGACAUUAGAAAAAAGAUCCAAGAUGAAAUUGACAAGGUGAUUGGCCAGAGUCGCUGUCCAACAAUGGAGGAUAGGUUUAAAAUGCCAUACACAGAUGCAGUGAUUCAUGAAAUCCAGAGAUUUAUAGAUCUUUUACCACAAGGGGUCCCACACUCAACCAACCAGGAUAUAAACCUGAGAGGAUAUCACAUUCCAAAGGGUACAACAGUAUUCUCCAUGUUAACCUCCGUCCUGAAAGAUGAAAAAUAUUUCAAGAAUCCACAGAAAUUUGAUCCAGGACAUUUCUUAGAUGAUCAGGGCAAUCUAAAGAAAAAUGAAGCCUUCAUACCCUUCUCUAUAGGUAAGCGAAUCUGCUUAGGAGAGGGUCUGGCACGCAUGGAGAUUUUUCUAUUCCUCACAUCCAUUUUGCAAGUGUUUGACCUGAAAUGCAACAUGGAACCUGAAGAUAUUGACAUCUCUCCUGUACCCAACAGAAUCAUCAAUAAUCCUCAACCUUACAUGCUUUCUAUGAACAAACGCUGAUCCAGUACCUUACAAUAAACAGAUUCAUAUAGUA